GUCCAAUACCGAGUCGCUGUAGCCCUUCAUAUACUCUUUCUUUACCUCUCUUCAAUCUUUUAUCUUCCAGUAGGAAAAGCACACAAGACAAGAUGGAUUAUAAAGAUGACCUUGAGAAACCCGGUGCGGGAGGUGCUCAGAUGCACCAGAUCAGGAUCACUUUGACUUCUACUCAAGUCAAGUCGUUGGAGAAAUUCUGUGGAGAUCUUAUCAAUCGUGCCAAAGAUCGUUCACUCAGAGUCAAAGGUCCCGUCAGACUCCCCACUAAGGUACUCAAGCACACUACUAGGAAAACUCCUUGUGGUGAAGGUUCUAAAACUUGGGAUCGAUACGAAAUGCGCAUCCACAAGCGUUUGAUCGAUUUGACUUCCAGUGCUGAGGUGGUCAAACAGAUUACUUCCAUUGCUCUUGAGCCUGGUGUCGAAGUCGAAGUUACCAUCGCUGCAUAAGCACUCUCGGUCUUUGCUCAUGCAUCAAUAUUUGCAUCAUC